AUCUGUGUCCUUUUUACGACAGCAGCUUCCUGCAUCUCUCCGCUGUUUCCUAACGCUGCACGACCAACAAGCUGUCACCAUGACUCACGCGUAUCCCUUCCUGAGCGCUGAGCAGAAGAAGGAGCUCAGCGGUAUCGCUCAGAAGAUCGUAGCUGCUGGAAAAGGCAUCCUGGCAGCUGAUGAGUCCACAGGCAGCAUGGCCAAGCGCUUCCAGGGCAUCAAUGCUGAGAACACGGAGGAGAACAGGAGGCUCUACCGCCAGCUCCUCUUCACCGCCGACAACCGGGUCAACCCCUGCAUCGGCGGUGUCAUCUUCUUCCACGAGACGCUCUAUCAGAAGACGGACGACGGCAAGCUCUUCCCCCAGCUGGUCAAAGAGAAGGGCAUGGUGGUGGGCAUCAAGGUGGACAAGGGUGUGGUUCCCCUCGCUGGCACCAAUGGAGAGACCACCACUCAAGGUCUGGACGGGCUCUACGAGCGCUGUGCUCAGUACAAGAAGGACGGCGCUGACUUUGCCAAGUGGCGAUGUGUGUUGAAGAUCACCUCCACCACCCCGUCCCAGCAGGCCAUCAUGGAGAACGCCAACGUGCUGGCCCGCUACGCCAGCAUCUGCCAGAUGCAUGGCAUCGUGCCCAUCGUGGAGCCUGAGAUUCUUCCAGACGGUGACCACGAUCUGCAGCGCUGCCAGUAUGUGACUGAGAAGGUGUUGGCAGCGGUCUACAAAGCCCUGUCUGACCACCACGUCUAUCUGGAGGGCACGCUGCUCAAACCCAACAUGGUGACUGCCGGCCACUCCUGCCCUAAGAAGUACGUCCCUCAGGAGAUCGCCAUGGCGACUGUCACCGCCCUGCGCCGCACUGUGCCCCCCGCGGUGCCAGGUGUGACCUUCCUGUCAGGCGGUCAGAGUGAGGCAGAGGCCACCAUCAACCUGAACGCCAUCAAUCAGUGCCCCCUGCACAAGCCCUGGGCCCUCACCUUCUCCUUCGGCCGGGCCCUGCAGGCCUCCGCGCUGAAGGCUUGGGGAGGCAAGAAGGAGAACGGCAAGGCCUGCCAGGAGGAGUACGUCAAGAGAGCCCUGAAUAAUAGCAAGGCAGCUCUGGGGAAGUACGAGUCCUCUGGAGAGAAGGGAGCAGCUCAGGAGUCUCUGUUUGUGGCCGACCACGCCUACUGAAGUCAGCCAGGCACUUCAUCUCCACUCUACCCAGUCAUUCCACACCUUUCCACCACAUCCUCAGUCACACAGAUUAACCAUUCAGUAUCAUCCCAUUAGUGAUGAGAGCCCAAUGAGUUCCUAGAUAGAAAAUCAUUAGAAUACUACAAUACCCAAAAGCCCAGUACGGAUACUUUAGCUCUAUCCUCCCUUUGAGCUUGACUUUGCACUUGUAACGUCGGUGUUGGGCCCAAUCCUAAUCUCCACACUCUCAGACCUUGAGGUGUGUUCCCGGUAGGUCUGUGAGGGUUGAAGGCUGCCCAAUGUUUGGCUCUCGAGCAGACAUUAUUUUCUGCAUCCCUGCUUACGGGGGGGAACUAAAUUCACUGAGAGCAUUUCACUCAGAGGUACCUACACAGAAUAUAUAUAUAAAGUCUUAUACCCACAACUGUAUGUAACAUGAUCUCCGUCGCUGCAAAGUCUUGUCCCAUUCCUCUUUAUAACAUUUUGAGCCCUUGAAGCCUCUCACCAGGUGACAUCAGUUAAGUCUGUGGGGGGGGGGGGGGUCAGGGUUUAGGACUAGGCCCUACUGUACUGCCUGACUUAGUGUGCUGUGACACUUUAUUUUGUGUGUGUGCACUUAAACCCCACAGAGAGACAGAGUUGUCCUCAAUUUGUGAAUUUGUCUUUCGUACAUGUGCCUUCAUUAUUCUACUGAACUGCUGGAGGACACUCUGUAGAGGACGGUGUAAUGAAUAUACAGUAUUAGUGUAUACACUGGAAAGACAUUCAAAUUAAAAUAUUCCAUAACUAA